CACUCACACAGCUUGUAUGAACACCUCGCCACCACAACUACCACCCCUAGCAGCAGUAUACUAGUGUCAGGCGUGGUGUAUGAGCGUAUAUCCAUUCGACUACCUUAGUCUCCAAUACACAACGUGCUACUCGCCGGGCUUGCAGACUGGCCCAAAGACGUCCUUGUCAGUUCGUCACCCAUCGACAGCUGCAUUCUCCCUCGCCUCUUCUUACGACCCCGUUCGGCGGCAAUCCACCCCCUGGAUUCUCACCAGUGCCACCGGAACCCGACGGCGCAUUCGUCUGCCGCUCUCCCGCCACCCGCUAACUCGCACUGACAAGUAUCGAGCUUGUCCAAACCAGGCAUCUUCUUACCUGAACAUUAGGUACAUUGGACAUUCAGGCGCAACCCUAGCACACCACAUCAGUGGGCGGUCCUCGCUCUCAUUCGCCAUCACCUGCUCUCGCCCGCUCACGACUGCAUAGCCUGGGCUCGAAUCAGGAACCGACCUGCACCGGUUAGUUGGUCAUUCUGCUAGGGCGCAGUUUGUAGCCAGCGAAUGACGCAAACUCCUGCCGCCGGCUGUCAUCGUCAGAAAUCAAAUCACCCCGUACCAGCAGCCCGUGUUCGGGGUCUCGUGGCAUCCUCCUACUUGACCGCGUGACACCCGCACAACAUUUGUUUUUUUUUCGGCCACAGCCGGCCUUUCUCACAACCACCACGCAGCGCAUUCGACAUUUAAGUACGCUUCUCUCAGGGAUUGAUUGCUCGACCAGUCUAUCGUCUGCUGCCCAGCAUCGAAACUUGACGCCCAAUUGAACGACCGCUCCCCAGGUUGCCCCGCUAGUGGGCUUGUCCGAAUACCAUCUCCCGAAUCGCUCCAUUUCGUGGGUGUUGUAGCCUGACGCCUUUCGCGAUCGAACAUGCCUUCAUCACAAUCUCAUUCCCCUAGGAAGGGCCGUCCGAUGCCCUCCAUCGAGCAGAGCACCCAGUCUGCGCAAUCAAACCCCAAACAGGAGAGAGGGGUAGCCAGUGAGCGAUCGCCAUUACUAUUCCCGACCAGCGAUGACGAGGAUGACGAGCUCGCCGAUGGUAACUCGUUUCUGGGAGACCAAGAGGACACCCAACAGACCAAGAGCGUCUGGUAUCUGAUCCUCCUCACCAUCAGCAUCGGCGGUUUGCAAAUUGCAUGGUCUGUUGAGCUGUCUAACGGGUCUCCCUACCUGCUCUCCCUGGGGUUGAGCAAAUCAUUGAUGGCCUUGGUGUGGAUUGCUGGCCCGCUUACCGGCACGCUGGUUCAGCCCUACGUUGGCAUGCUGAGCGACAACUGCCGUCUGCCGUGGGGCAAGCGGAAACCCUUCAUGCUCGGCGGAGCCGUCGCAACCAUUAUCUCCUUGAUGUUCUUGGCUUGGACCAAAGAAAUCGUGGGCGGCAUCUUGGGUUUAUUCGGCGCAGACCUCGAGUCUCAGGCCGUCAAAAACACCGUCAUCUGCGUCGCCGUCGUGGGCAUCUACGUCCUCGACUUUGCCAUCAACACCGUGCAAGCCGCCAUCAGGGCCUUCAUUGUGGACUGUGCGCCGCCCCAUCAACAGGAGGCCGCCAAUGCCAUGGCAAGUCGAAUCACAGGCUUUGGAAACAUUAUCGGAUACGUCGCGGGCUACGUCAACUUGCCGACCUACCUCUGGUUCCUCGGCGACACCCAGUUCAAGGUCCUGUGUGCUAUUGCCAGCAUAGCCCUUGCAAUAACUAUUGUGGUGAGCACGACUCUGAUCAAGGAACGCGACCCUCGGCUCGAGGGCCCUCCAGUUCUGGGCAAGCCCGGUGUCUUUUCCUUUUUCAAGAAGAUAUUUGCGUCCAUUAAGCGUCUGCCGCCUCAGAUCAGGAGGGUUUGCCAAGUCCAGUUCUGCGCCUGGAUCGGCUUUUUCCCGCUGCUCUUCUACACCUCCUCGUACAUUGGCGAGAUUUACGUCGAGCCUUACCUGGAGGCCAACCCUCAUAUGACCCCGGAGGAGCUUGAUCGACUUUACGAACGCGCGACCCGGAUCGGAACCUUUGCUCUUCUCAUCAACUCCGUAGUCAGCUUGCUUACGAACGUCUUCCUCCCAUUCUUCGUUGCCCCCACCUACGACAGUCAGCCGAUCGGUGACCUCCCGGCAGACUCCGACAGCGCAGAAUUUGAAAACGAAAAGUCCUCUUGGCUCGAUAAGCUGCAGAUUCCCGGCUUCACCCUCAAGCGCGCAUGGUUUGCCUCCCUCAUCCUCUUUGCCGGCGCCAUGUUCUGCACCGUCAUCGUUCGCACGGUAGAGGCAGCGACGGCUCUGAUCGGUCUGGUGGGAAUCACUUGGGCAAUGACUUUGUGGGCACCCUGGGCCAUCAUCAGCGCCGAGAUCAGCCGAAGAGAUGCAAAGAUCCGGCAGGCGAAGCAACGGCAGUUUAGCCCCAGUAGGAAUGCUGAGGGUCCGGCGUCGCCCUCCUUGAACUCAGUCGCCGACUCAGACCUGAGUGACGGCGAGGAGACUGACCAGGCAGGUGUCAUCCUCGGUAUCCACAACAUGGCCAUCGCCGCUCCCCAGAUCAUCGCCACCGUCGGCUCGAGCAUUAUCUUCCGAAUCUGGCAGAAGCCCCGCGGUACACCAGGCGACCAUUCCAUCGCCAUUGUUCUGGCACUCGGCGGUAUUGCCGUUUUGGUGUCGUCCUUCUUCGUGGCCAGCAUUAAAGAGAGCGCAUCGAUGCCGGCUGACGCCAUGAUCGUCGCCGAGGAGGGCGAGGGUACUGGGGGUCCGGGAAGCCGUCCCGGCACGGCCCGAAACCGCAACAAGAGCUACGAGCAUCUCCCGCGGGCCAGCAUUAAGCGUGCGACCCUCACGAGAAACAAGAGUUUUGGUGGUGCCGAGUACUAAGAAACGGAAGGGUACUUGGGUUUUCAUUCAUUUGGCGCUGGAAUUACAUCAAGGAAACGUAAAGAGAAUGGCCUGAGGUUAUUCAUCAUCCAUCAGCCUUGAAAUUGGAUUAACGACUUUGGAGGCAUGCGAGGAGUUCGGACUCAUGAAAUGACCAAACAGAAGGGCUCUGCCAGCCUUCAAUUUCCCUUUCUCUCUCCCCCUUGUUUUUCUCUUUGUUCUUCUUCUU